AGUCGUGUUAAGGCAGUAAAAGUGGCAGGUCUUUUACCUUAAUUGCCACUAACAUUAAAUUAAUUAUUUAUAAAUGAUGUCCAAUAGAGUUAAGUGAAGAUCAAACUUUAGUCAUUUUAUAAUGUUUGAAAACCAUUCAAUAAAAUUAAAAUCUUGUGACAAGUUCAAGUGCUAAUGGUUCAUACAUCGCACUAAUUAAAAAACACUUAAAAUACUCAGUUUUGUUAACUACACAUCAAUAAUCUUCAGGGUUGUAAAUCAGAUUUAAUCGGGAAAUAACAACAAUUAGCGUGUGAUCAUCAUGGAAAAAGACAAAAGUGAACAAGUUUUCAAUACCGUAACAAAUUCGGCAAUAAUGCAACCGGUUGAACAUUCCAAUGACGCUGACGGCGUUUUCGAGACGAGGCCAUUCUGGCGUACACGUCGGUAUUUGGUCGUUCUUAUGGCAUUCUUUGGAUUCUUUAAUGUCUAUGCACUUCGUGUUAAUCUUAGCGUUGCUAUUGUAGCAAUGACAGAGGUCAGGAAUGUUAUUGUUACAAACGCCACUGGCACAUACACCACCACUGAACAAAGUUUCUAUUGGAAUUCAUGGGAAAAGGGUUUAGUUUUGAGUUCAUUCUUUUAUGGAUACAUCACAACUCAGCUUAUUGGCGGUUACGUUGCAAAUAAGAUUGGAGGAAAUCUUGUUUUUGGAUUGGGAAUUUUCAUGACAGCUGUUUUCACACUUCUUACACCUCUUGCCGCCAAUAUGGGAGUUUAUGUUCUCGUUGCAGUUCGAAUCAUUGAAGGCGUCUUUGAAGGUGUCACAUUUCCUUGCAUUCAUGCUGUAUGGGCAAAAUGGGCACCACCUCUUGAACGCUCAAGAAUGGCUUCAAUUGCAUUUGCUGGAAACUAUGCAGGAACUGUUGUAUCAAUGCCAUUGUCAGGAAUACUUGCAAGCACUCUUGGUUGGGAAAGUAUCUUCUAUGUCUUUGGUACCAUUGGUUGUAUUUGGUUUGUAGCAUGGGCCAUAAUUGUUAAGAGAAGUCCAGAAGAAGAUCCUUACAUUACUGAAGAAGAGAAGAAUUACAUUAUGACAAAACUCGGCAAUCAAAAGCAUAAUGAAAAUGUUCGUCCACCAUGGAAAGCAAUUUUCACUUCAACUGCUGUUUGGGCAAUUGUUGCGUCACACUUUAGUGAAAAUUGGGGAUUUUACACUCUUCUUACCCAACUUCCAACUUUCCUUAACGAUGUCCUCGGGUUUGAGUUAACAAAAACAGGAUUUUUGUCUGCUCUUCCAUAUUUAACGAUGGGAAUAUUGUUGGGGGUUUCUGGAUACUUAGCUGAUUGGUCACAAGUGAAAGGAUAUUUAACAACGACACAAGUUCGACGAUACUUCAAUUGCUCCGCUUUCUUAGGGCAAACAAUUUUCAUGUUGCUUGCAGCUUUUCUGGUUCAUCCAGUUACCAGCAUGGCUUGCAUCACAAUUGCUGUGGGUUGUGGAGCUUUUGCUUGGAGUGGUUUUGCUGUGAAUCAUCUUGACAUAGCGCCACAAUAUGCUUCAAUAUUAAUGGGAAUAUCAAACACUUGGGCCACAAUUCCAGGAAUUUUAUCACCAUUGGUUACAGGAAUUCUUGUCCAAAAUGGAACAAAAGAAGAAUGGAAAAUUGUAUUUUACAUUAGCGCUGGAAGUUAUCUCGUUGGUUGUGUCUUUUAUUGGAUCUUUGUAUCUGGGGAAGUUCAGCCAUGGGCGAAACAAACUUCAAAUGACACAACAGUUCAAAAUAAAGUUCCUGAGAAAAACGGAAAAGCUUUUGCAUACUCCAACGAAGCAAUUGAAAUGAAAGAUGAAUAAGAUCAGAUUUGUUCUGAUUUUAAUUAAAUAUUACUAAGAUAAAAAACGUGUUAGUAAAUAUUUGCGAUCCAAAAAUAUUAAAGUAUUGAAAUUUGUGAUGUUAUGUAAAAUGUAUUUCGAAACUAAAUAAAAAUGAAAUGUUUUUAAAUAUUCGAAUGCUUAAUAAAAAACAAAUUUAACGUAAAUAAAAC